AUGACACUAUUUCAGAGUUCUGAGAAAACUAAUGACCCCCUUGAUUCUUCACAAGAUCGUGGGAAAGAUUUCAAAACUGAAUCUCUAUUAUGUCGUUUGAAGUAUCAGAAUAAUUUACCAGAGCUCCCUUUCGAUCCUAAAUUUUUAGUAUAUCCUCUCGAACCUUCCAGAUUCCUUCAAUAUGUUGCUACCUCUCUGGAAAGGAACUAUAAGCAUGAAUUACUCACAGAAACAGAUGUGGGAGUUGAGGUUGACUUAAUUGAUCCUGAUGUUUUCCGAAUUGACAAAAGAGCAACUCUUCAUCCGGAUGAUGAGCGACUCUUGGAAGAUGAGGCUCCUACUUUUGUCAAUGCACGUAAAUCUAGACAUCAAAAGUCAGUGUCCUGGCUAAGGAAAACAGAAUAUAUAUCUACCGAGCUUUACAAUCGUUGGAACAAAUCAGAAAAGGUGGAGUCUAGACUUGGGUACAAUGUUAAACGCCAUCUCAAUGAAGAGAUCGUGUAUCGUGAUCGCGAAAGCCAGAUCAACGCCAUUGAGGAAACGUUCAAAGCAGCUGAAAAACCUAUUCAUAAGCACUACAGUAAGCCAAACGUGCACGCUUUGGAGGUACUACCAGUGUUACCGGACUUCACUUUAUGGAGAUAUCCAUGUGCACAGGUUAUUUUCGAUGAUGACCCCUCUCGUAAAAAUAAAACUACCACUGAACAAAAGGAGGAGGUGAAUCAAGCAAUGAUUCGUGGUAUGGUAGAUGAAUCUGGCGACCAUUUUGUUGCUUACUUCCUACCAACUGAACAGACUAAACAACUACGUCGUUUGGAUGCUGAAAAUCGAAUACCAUAUACUGAAGAUGCUGCCUAUGAAUAUGAACUCACACGAGAGUACAAUUGGAAUGUCAAAAAUAAAACUAUGGCCAAUUAUGAAGAAAAUUAUUUUUUUUGUUUUCGUAAAGAUGGAGUUUACUAUAACGAAUUAGAGACCAGAGUUCGUCUUAGUAAACGGCGUAAAUUAAACCAGUCUGGUACUAAUGUUGGCGCUCUACAAGCCCCCAAAACUCGUUUAAUUGUUCAUCAUCGAGAUUUCACGGAUGAAGAAUUGAAGGCUCAAACUGACCGUUUAUAUAUGCUGGAACAUGAUGUUGAAGGUGACGAAGAAGAUGAUGAAGAAAAUGCAGAUGGUGAUGAAAAUGUUGCUGAUGAAGAAUCGAUAAACAAUGAAAAAGAAACCAGUCGUAAAACUAGUUAUAACGGUAGUGACGACGAAGAAGAGGCAGAGGAUGGAAUUAGUGAUGGUCAGAACACUGAGGCUGGUGAUGAAGCAGAGGAGGAAGCUGAAGUCGAGGAAGAAGAUGAAGAGGUCGAAGAAACACAGAAGGUUGAGGCUAAAAAACGUUUCCAAUCUAAUAAUAACUAUAAUCGUUCCAAAACGUCUCAUCAUUCUGAUGACGAAAGUGACUUAAGUGACCUGAGUGAUUAA